UGGUCCACUACAGCCAGUCGUAGUGAUGGUCGGUGGUGACAUUGUUUUGCCGUGUCAGCUGGAACCUCCUGUGGAUGCUGUUUCCAUGACGAUGGAAUUGGGGAGACCUGACCUGGAGCCCAGAUUUGUCUAUGUGUGGCAUGAUGGUCAAGAACUUCUGACUGACCAAAACCAGGCGUAUAAGGGAAGAGUGUUAUUGUCCAAUGAUAGACUGAAGCUUGGAGACCUUUCACUGAACCUGUACAAAGUGACCAUCUCUGAUAACGGGAGAUACAGAUGCUUCAUUCCAAAACUGAAUAAAGAAUAUUUUCUUGAACUUCUUGUCGGUUCUGUCUCCUCACCUGGAAUCAACUUAUCAGGCAUCCAUAAGGCCAACAGUGCAGUGAUGUUAGACUGUAGGUCUAAAGGCUGGUAUCCAGAGCCUGAGGUGGUCUGGCUGGAUGGUGAGGGAAACCUCCUCUCUGCUGGACCUACAGAGACAGUCAGAGGUCCUGAUGACCUCUAUACUGUCAGCAGCAGAGUGACUGUGGAGAAGAGACACAGCAACAACUUCACCUGUAGAGUCCAACAGAAGGACAUCAACCAGACCAGAGAGACACACAUCUAUGUUCCAGAGAAUUUCUUCAUGGCCACAUCUAAUUGUGCUGCUUCUAUUGCCUUCAGUGUGUUGUUUGGCUUCAUGUUUGUUCUUGCAAGAAAGCAAGAACAUCAACAACUGCACAUGAACACAGACAGACUGAUGAAGAGCACAAUGGAUGAGGUUAAAAGAAUAACAGAAAGGAAGGAAAAAGUAGAGAAACACAUGGAGAAAAUUAAGAACCAAAUGGAGGAUAUAGAGAAACAGAGAGAGGAGAUUGAGAGCAAACUUCAGUCAAAGAGAGGAGGGAGAUUAUUGUAA